AUGUCCGGUGGUGCUACCGUUCGUGACGGCGCCAUUGGCGUACAUCAGCGGCCUCUCGGACAAAUGCAGCAGUCACAACGUCAAACGCAUCAACCGCGGCAGCAACCACAACAACAACUGCAACAACCGCAACCCUCACAGCAGAGCGAGGCGGGUGAGGCGUACUGCUAUCUACUGCGCCACGGCGUGCCUGGUAGGGUCGAGAACAUCUUUAGUGGCGUACUAAAUGAGCAGCCAGAGGACCCACUGCAGUACAUUCUGGAACACAUGCGUGUCAGCGGUGGCAAAUCCGCUGGGAAGGAUUGCUCCAUAAGGACUGCCAAUUGUAAGAGUUCUAAUGAAAGUAGAAGGGACUCCCAGCAAUUGUCAGAGUGCGCCCCCGUGCAACGUGAAGUGAUAACGGAAGAGGCACGUGAUAAUAAAAAACCGACGGACAGGGAUUCCGCCGCACCAGAAGUGAAAGAGGGAGAGGUGGAGGAACGAUGUCUGGAAGAAAAGGCACCAAUUGAGGACGAAGAAGUGGAACAUUUAAGACUACCGCCAACAGAUGUGGCGACAGACAAUACGUUCGAAACGACAGCAAAAACAGAUACGGAGACGUGCUUAUUCCCACCUGGUGUCGUCAACGCCCAAGCGACUCCUCUGCCUGAGCCACUCCCAAAAACAGUGCAGACAAGUCUUUCUGCCACGAGGGCAAGUGUCUGCAAGAUGCGGCCUUCUUCUGCUAUGUUAGUGUCUUGGAGCUCCGUGCGUGGCAGUCGCAACGAGACACCUUAUGGACCCGCAGCCCUUCGAUUCCCCACAGCCGGGGGUGAAAAUACGCACAGCGGCCCCGGUACAGCGGCUCUUGACCGCGAUGACAGUACCCGAAGUGAUCUCUCGGCGUUCAGUUUGGCUUCUGUAGACGUGCAGGACUUCCUACAGGAGUUUCGUAGCGCCAAAGCUGACUGUGUUGGGGAAGAGACACAGCUGGUAGACAUUGAGAUGCUUUCAGAGAUCCUGCAAUGCGUAAAUAUCCCUCUCCCGGAAACUCCACUUAUUGCUGAAUUAUUUGACGAUGUAAAGCGAAUUAGUGUGAUGCAGUACAACCACGGUGGUCUCCCCGGUGAAGAGGAAAAUGACGCAGCCAUACCUGCCGCUACAUCAUGUGCAGCAGAGGUGGAGUCACGGGAACGAGUGUACUUUGACGCUUUUCUUGCUCGUAUGGCCUACAUGAUUCAGGGUCGAUACCCAACUGAGGUUGUGCGGGGCACGUUCUAUUCCAUAUUGAAGUCUGUCGUGCAGAAGAAGUGCCCUGCAGAUGGCGUGGCUCGCGAGCAGCAACAACAAAAAUUUUCAGGCAACGAAACACGGUACACAAGCUACUCCAGUGGGAACGCCACAGGUAGAUCGAUCCGCGCAGCUCCCAAGAACAACUGUAGGAGCCGCAGCAAUACGUUUACAAACAGCGCAGAAAGCAACCCUACCACAGUGUCGGGCCCAAAUUCUACUGCGAUGCAAACAUAUCCAGGCGUGCCCCGAGCAGAAUCCACACAUUGCGCUGCGGCCAAUGACGGUCAGCCUGCCGCCGAGUUGUCAACACUGCUACACGGUGUUUCACUGGCAGUCUGCGUGGAAAAAGGUCUAUGGCGGGGCUUAGGCAUCCCAGUAAGCAAGGCAGAGGUAAUAAAUGCUCUGCAGAUCCUUGGAAUCCCGGUAGAUGACAACUAUGAAUUCCACGUAAAUGAAUUUGUACGACUUGUCAUGGCGUUAACGGGGCAGAGUGUGCUACACAGCGUUGGAGAAAAGACCACCCCGUGGAUGAUGUCAUCACUCGGCAGGGAGAAUUCGCUAAUGCCACUUGGUGGCUCCUGCAAGGAAGAGAGCUUGUAG